AUGCACCACUCCGACACCCACCUCGGCACAGGAGGAGCCAUGAACAACAACAACUUCGACAACAACAACAAUAGUAACAGCAACCAUCUCCAACGGCAGCAGCAGCAACAGCAACAGGAUCCAUCCUUACAGCAACAGCUGCUACAACAGGAAGAUGAGGCGGCUGCAGAGGCAAAGAGGAAGCGAGCUGGUCCUAAACGUCGCAAAGUCACCCACGGUAGACCGUGUCAGAGGUGCGUCAAACGCAACAUCGGGCAUCUCUGUCAUGAUGAACCCAAGCCGUCUCAAUUGGCAAGUGCGGCAGCUUCAGCCAACUCUAGUGAGAGCGAACGACGUGGCUCACAGCAGCAACAGGUGCAGAAGAACGGUAUCAACCAACAGCAGCAACAACAGAACCAAACAGGACAACCUCAUUUGCAGAGUGGGAGCAAUAUGGGUGGCCUGUCAAUGUAUGGGUAUAACAGCCAACUGUCGACUUUGCCAGUGACGCCUCUCACCUUUGCUAGUGAGCACAUGGGAAACGAGUUCACCGUCAUCAGUGACUUUUUGGAGAGUCUAGGAGGCGAACAGCCGAGCAUGUUCUCGGAGCAAGGGAUGCCCGUCAAUGUCAAUACGACCGAAAAGUUCUUCUUGACAGCCGCCGAUCCGAGCGAUGGAACCAACGAGGAUCGGCUGACCCAGGUCAUUAACGCCAAAUUUGAAGCUGGAUUCUUGAAGCCGUACAAUUAUGUCAAUGGAUACUCUCGCCUGCAAAAGUACAUGGACACCAAACAGAGAAUUUUGAAUGUGAUGGGGACAUUCCGUCCGGCAUUCAGAAGUGUUGCCCAAUCGUUGACAGAUAUCGACCUCGUCCUUGUCGAAGAAGCCUUUGAGCGUCUCCUACUCGACUACGACCGAGUGUUCAGUUCAAUGGGCAUCCCCGCAUGUCUCUGGCGUCGAACGGGCGAGAUCUACAAGGGCAACAAGGAAUUCGCAGCACUCGUCAACGUGCCCCUCGAAAUGCUCCGCGAAGGUCGUCUCUGCAUCUAUGAACUCAUGGCGGAAGAGUCAGCAGUCAACUAUUGGGAAAAGUACGGCAACAUUGCGUUUGAUGCGGGCCAGAAGGCAGUGUUGACGUCUUGUCUGUUGAAGAACCCGGAUCCGGAUAGUCAGAGUGUCAUUAGUUGUUGCUUUUCGUUUACGAUCCGGAGGGAUCGGUAUAAUAUCCCGACGGUUAUCGUAGGCAACUUUUUGCCUGUCUCCUUGGGAUGA